AUGGUGAGCAUAAAUGUUCCUUGGUUGCUCUGUCUCCACUUGUUGGUGUUUUUUGUUGGAAGUGUUGUGAAUGAAGAAGCAGAUGGGAUGAGUCUUCCUAUGUUCAUGUACCAAGAUUAUUCAUUUAAAGUGAAGAUUGGGAUUGGCACCUUCAAGAAUGCUAGAUACAUGAUGUAUGAUUUCAAGGUAGACAUUAGCAGUGACUUUCUUUGGUUGGAAUGCGAAGGUUGCACAAGUUGUUUUACACCCCCUAUAUUGGAUGCGAGUCCUUUUCCAUUGAAUAGUUCUAGCUCGGGAACUCGUACCAAUAAUAGUAUUAAUGUUAAGGAUGGACCAUACUAUUCAAUUAAGUAUCAUGAUGGUACAUCUAGUACAGGCUAUCUAGCAAGAGAAACUUUUAGUUUCAAUUCUACUUCUUAUAUGUCAUAUUUUUUUAAUCAAUACACAUUUACCUCAAACAACAUCUUGUUUGGCUGUGGUAUUGAAAAUGUGUUGGGAAGGAUUAAUAAUGGUGGUAGAAAAGUGAUAUUCUUAUCUGUACCUGGAGUAAUGGGUCUUGGUUGGGGGCCUCUCUCUUUUGUGGAACAGAUUAAUCCGGUCAGUAAAGGAAUGUUUUCAUAUUGCCUUCCAAUUGUAUUUAAUAAGACUGUGGUCAAAAAUUACUUGAGAUUUGGAAAUGAUAUACCAUUAAAUAAAGGAAAUAUAAUCAGUUCAACGUCAUUAAAAAGAAACAUGAAAGGUCAAGAGUACCAUUUGGAAAUGGUUGGGAUCAGCUUUAACGAUCAACGAUUAAAUAUUAGCAAUGACUUGUUUCGAUUAAAGAACAAUGGUGUUGGUGGUGGUGGUGGUGGAUGUAUUAUAAAUUUGAAGGAACCAUUAUCGCUUAUUAUUCAGCCUGCCUAUGAAGCAUUGAAAUAUGUUGUUAUUCAAUAUUUCUCCAAAAUCCCAGAACUAUUAAGGGUGGACAAAUUGGAAUUACCAUUUCCGUUUGAUCGAGAUCAAUUGUGUUACAGGAAUAAUUCCCAUAAACCAUUUGACCACAUCAAAUUUCCAACCAUUACGUUCCAUUUCAGUGGGGAACAAGCCAACUUAGUCCUAAACAAGGAGACAAUCUUUACUUCCUUCCGUUUGAGACCUUUUCUCCAUAUGUAUUUUUGUUUGGCUAUGCUUCCUAAUCCUAGUACCACUAUCAUUGGCGUGUAUCAACAAAUCGAUCAUCGAUUUGUGUAUGAUAGGAAUAAGAAGGAACUACUUUUCUAUCCUGAGAAUUGCUUGGAGAAUUCUUAA